AUGAAUAGCACCGCGAGGACAGCUUACGUGGUGCAGUUUCUACAACAUGAAGUUUCGAAGCUUCACUCGCGAGAAACAUGCUGGCAUCAGUCUGGCGUCGGCGGUCUCCUAGCGCUGCUUCGUGCGAAUCUCUCAGAGUCGAAGUCGUGGAAUAGCAGUUUUGUCUCUGGGGGGCCGUAUACGUUCAACGCGACGGGGAAUUUAUUCACAGUGGACCUUGCGACGAAGCAUUUUGAUGUCAAUACUGUUGAUCAAGAUACAUUUAUCACUCUGACUUAUGUUCAUGCGCUAUGCCUGAUCAUUGCAUUCUUCCUGGUGUAUCCCAUUAUUCUCCUUAUGGAGUCAAGUACAGUGCUAUGUGAUCUGAUCAAUAAACCCGUCGCCAAGCAUACUGUUCGGAAAUGGGAGUCUGUACUGCGAGCCUUUGUGUUUACGCCUCUAGUCAUCGCUGGGUUAGUGGCGGGAAUCAUCGCAAUGGGCUCAUCAGAUCAUUUCAGAACUGAACACGGGGUCAUUGGGCUAGUUACAGUAGUGUUUGCAGGCUUCGCGUCGCUACUGUACUUUUUCGACUUCUUCUUUGGCUCAAGAUUGGCUCGAACAGUCAUGGGGAUGCGAUGGCGUCAAAACCUCAAGUAUUUUGACAUGUUUGUCUGCCAAGUCAUCCUCAUGCUCUCCGGCUUCGUCUUAACAGAUGGCUUCGACGACCUUUCCGUCAUGGGUCUGUGCUACAUCCAGAUCUCCCUCGCAUGGGCAGUAUCUCUCGGUAUGAUAGCAGCGUUUGUCUGGAACAGCGCCAUGGUCUUGAUGACAGCGCAAUGGUUCCUCGUCCGUCGAGCACGACCCGGCGCCGGCGGAGUCAUCGCCAACGCCAACAACAGAAUGUGGCGGCUCGUGCGCUUCCGCCGCCGUCGUCGUCAAACGUCCCCAGAGCCCACGCAGUCAUACGAAAUGGGCUCGUCGUCAGAAACGUCUGAAACUUGCGGUCGGCGGACGGACUGA